GUAAAGAUUUUGUCCUGUUGUGAACUUUACUACACAAACAUCUCUCAGAGUACCGAACCACAGAGUUUGGUUUUUUCAACAUCACUAUUCUUCUGUGACCUAUCUGAGGCUCGUUUUCGGUGUGGCAUACAGUACAUAGAACUGUGGAAUGGCUCAGGACAUGACAGAGAAAGACCUUCUAAAGAUGGAGGUGGAGCAGUUAAGGAAAGAGAUCAAGACAGAAAGGAUAAUGGUUUCUAAAUCUGCACAAGAAAUGAAGACCUUUGUUGAGUCUUUAGCAACAGAAGACCCCUUGCUGAAAGGAGUACCAGAAGAUAAAAACCCAUUUAAAGAGAAGGGUGGCUGUUCUUUGUCCUGACCUCAUUCGAUGGAGCCAUACAAUAAAUUAUAAUAUAUUAUUUCCUUCUCUGUAACA